AUGUAUAAACCAGGAGCAUCUGUUCUGAAGUCCAGUGAUGACGCUGUCUCUCGUAAGAGAAAAUUAAAAACUUUUCACACAAACGACGAUGACAAGGAUAACCAAGCUGCCAAAAAGCAAAAAGCUAUUCCUUGGGAUGUUCCAAAAUCUGUAGAGGAAUGGCAGAAGAGAGAGAUGCUUUUCAAGAAACUGAAGAAAAUAUUCCCUGGAUUGGCCAAAGAGGAGCUGAGAAGCGUGCUGCAGGAGCACAACUGGGACUUCCGUGAAGCUCUGGAGUCCCUCAGAGUAUUUUCAGAAGACCAAGAGAGUACCGAAUACACUUCCCGGAGCAAAGAUACCAACAUGCAGGAAGUCUCAGGAGACCAAAGAAGGGAUGAGACCAAAGGGACUCGGAAACGAGAGCCACCAGAGGAGGAACAAUUAACCAAAUUAAAUGAGACUCCUGGUUUAUCAGAAGAGAUAGUCUGGAGCUGUGAGACACUGCUGAAAGAGAGGGCUGUGGUCCUAAAAAUCAUGAAUAAAUGUGAAGACAUCUCAAAUCAACUGACCAAGCAAGCAACCAGGAUCACAGAAGAUGGAGAAUGCGGAUGGAACAUUGAGCAACCUUCCAUUUUGAACCAGAGUUUGAAGCUCAAGCCAUAUCAGAAGAUUGGACUGAACUGGUUAGCACUUCUGCAUAAACACGAAUUGAAUGGCAUUUUGGCUGAUGAAAUGGGCUUGGGAAAAACGAUUCAAGCUAUUGCGUUUCUGGCUCAUCUCUACCAAGAGGGCAAUCAAGGUCCCCAUGUCAUAGUUGUGCCAGCUUCAACAUUAGAUAACUGGAUAAGAGAAGUUAACCUGUGGUGUCCUGAACUGAGUGUCCUUUUAUAUUAUGGAUCCCAAGAAGAGAGGAAACUUCUCAGAUUUGGGAUUUAUAAUAAAAGUGAACAUUUCAAUGUGAUUAUAACAACGUAUAACUGUGCAAUCAGCAGUGCUGAUGAUCGAAGACUGUUUCGCCGUUUGAAACUGAGCUAUGCAAUCUUUGAUGAAGGCCAUAUGCUAAAGAACAUGAAUGCUGUGCGCUACCAAUACCUCAUGACCAUUAAUGCAAAGAAUCGUUUGCUGCUCACAGGAACUCCUGUUCAAAAUAAUCUGUUGGAAUUAAUGUCUCUCUUAAAUUUUGUUAUGCCACAUAUGUUCAGUAAUAGCAAGAACGAAAUCCAAAGGAUGUUCUCUUCAAAAACAAAGACUGUGGAAGAGCAAAGUGUCUAUGAAAUGGAGAGGAUUGCCCACGCCAAACAGAUAAUCAAGCCAUUCAUCUUGAGAAGAGUAAAAGAUGAGGUCCUUAAACAGCUGCCUCCGAAAAGAGAUGUCAUUGAACUGUGCGACAUGUCUGAGAAACAAGAACAAAUGUACUCUGAGCUUGUGAAUAAGCUGAAGAAAACUAUUAAGAGUAAUGAGAAGAAUUCUGACAUGGGAAACGUAAUGAUGCAGCUCAGGAAGAUGGCUAAUCACCCUCUCCUGCACCGUCACUAUUACACAGAUGACAAGCUCAGGACGAUGUCUGCACUUAUGCUCAGGGAAUCCACACAUUGUGAUGCCAACCCUGAGCUUAUCUUCGAGGACAUGACAGUAAUGACGGAUUUCGAGCUGCAUUUGCUUUGCAAGCAAUAUGCUCAUGUCAACAACUUCAAGUUAGAAAUUGAUCAAAUUUUGGAUUCUGGGAAAUUCAGAACUUUGGAGCAUAUUCUUUCAGACCUUAAAACAAAGGGUGACCGCGUUGUUCUAUUUAGCCAAUUUACGAUGAUGUUGGAUAUCCUAGAAGUUCUUUUACAGCAUCUGCAGCUUAAAUACAUCAGGCUGGAUGGAAAAACCCAGAUUUCUGAGAGGAUACAUCUAAUAGAUGAAUUCAAUACCGAUAUGGAAAUAUUUGUAUUCCUUAUGUCGACCAAAGCUGGUGGCCUGGGGAUUAACUUGACCUCAGCCAACAUCGUCAUUCUUCACGACAUUGAUUGUAAUCCGUACAACGACAAACAGGCAGAAGAUCGCUGCCAUAGAGUCGGACAAACAAGAGAAGUGCAAGUCAUAAAACUUAUCAGUAAAGGCACUAUUGAGGAAUCGAUGCUCAAAGUCAGCCAGCAGAAAUUGAAGUUAGAAAAAGACAUGACUGCAGCUGAUUCAGGAGAAGGAGUCAUUCCAGCAGAUAUAGCCAGCUUACUAAAAACGUCAUUAGGCCUAUAA